CAUCUAUUGGAUAAUCUCGUUGCCUUCUUCUGGUUCUCUUGUCAACACACCAUCCAACUUACUGAUCCUUCUUGACGGUCAUUGACUGACAGACGAACCGUACCCCUUUAUCGCCCCAGCGUCCUGCUUCCGGCUCAUCGUGGUCUAAAGUCACUUUAAUCACGCAGAAACGACACACACUUAUUAAAUCCCGUUCCCCUUGAAGAGAGACUUCGACUCUUCCACCUCUCCAUCCUCCCUAAUGGCUAACGACGAAUAUGAUUUCCUUUUCAAAGUGGUUCUUAUCGGAGAUUCCGGUGUCGGGAAAUCCAACCUGUUAAGCCGAUUCACCCGGAAUGAAUUCAACCUCGAUUCGAAGUCCACCAUCGGUGUCGAGUUCGCAACCCGCUCUAUUCAGGUAGACGGCAAGACGAUCAAAGCUCAGAUUUGGGAUACUGCAGGCCAGGAGCGGUACAGGGCUAUUACAUCCGCAUAUUACCGUGGCGCAGUGGGAGCCCUUCUUGUAUAUGAUACGACUAAAGAACAGACUUUCGCAAACUGCGAGCGAUGGUUGAAGGAGUUACGGGAACAUGCCGACAAGAACAUUGUCAUCAUGCUCGUCGGAAAUAAGAUCGAUCAAAAACAUGUCCGGGCUAUUAAAACUGACCAAGGCGCGGAAUUUGCUGAGGCAAGGAAGUUGUCCUUCAUCGAAACGUCCGCCCUUGACGCCACGAAUGUUGAGCUCGCAUUUCAAAAUAUUCUUACAGAAAUCUACCGCAUCGUUUCCAGCAAGGCCCUCGAGAAUGGUAACUCAGGACAGAACCCUCUCGGUGACCGCAAGGUGGUAGAGAUCACGAAGUCGCAGGAUGCAGAUGCGAAGCAGAAAUGCUGCUAAAGAAAAGAAUGCAGACCCUUUAGACACCAUUCUGGAAUCACUGUUCUAGCAGAAAGCGCCUUCUCCCGGGAAAGGCUGGCGGUGGCGAGACUUAGAAUAACCGGUGCUUUUAUAACGUUGGGGUCUUCAUCUCGACGGAUGGCGGCUGCAUUUUAUUCUAUUCUAUUCUAUUCUAUUUUCCUUUCUCUGGUCGCCACGGUCGAUUUGACUUGAAGAACCACCUGACGUUUUUUCUGUUUGUGUCAUGCCAUGCCGUGUCCAUGUAUUUACUUCUCCCACAUUUUGUUUUCUUAUUUUAUUUUCGCCGCUUCCCAAAUCAUCUUCUCCUUUUCUGUCAUUCUACGGCCUCAGGACAGCAGCGUGAUGAGAAAAAAAGCCAACGUUAUAAAGGUGAAAUUUAAUGAGCACGGGAAGGGAUACCUGAAGAGCUCAAAGGAGUUCUGAUGAUGGAUGUCCUGCUUCUGGAAUUGAAUGUUUAUUGGCCACGCGGGAUGGGAUAAAUGGUUUGGGGGAUUUGCGGGUUGGGCUUAGUUUUGUCGUUUGCCUUCAAGUUCCUCCUCUCAUUGUUGAUUUGUUUUACACGUUUGGCUUUUCACCACCAACAUUCCAUUCUCUUUUUUUGCCCACUCUUUUUCCCACCUUUUUGUUUCUUCUAUAUAUUUUUUUUUGUUCUUGCAAUUCCACAUUCUUUAUUUUAACCCUUCGAUUUGCCCCCUUCUUUCCAUGGCUGCUAAUUAUUCUUUGCAAAUAAUCUAAAUCUCUCUUCUUUGUUUCCUUUUUUCCCC